AGCUAUGGGACCGGGGUCUUGGAGAAACAGCCUAAGUUUUUCGUGGAAACAUUUGCCGGAAGUACGCUUGCCACUUGCUCUUCUUUCGCGCGAAUUCCGUUGCACAGAAACCGUUAAAGAAUAUUAUUUACCUAUCUUUGUGACUAUAGUAUUACCAAAGUUGAUAUUCUAUCACAGAAACGUAAAAAGAAUAAAAAAAAAUGGGUGUACGAGAUGGUUCAGUAACUAAGAAGACGAAUCAAUCAAAUAAAUCAAAAAAUGUACCAAUGAAAGCUGGAAAUAAAGGGAAAGGCAAGAAUGUUGCAACACCGAAAAAAUCAGGCAAAAAUAAAAAUAACAAACAAGGCUUGAACAAAAUGAAAUUAAAGUUAAAAGUCAAAGAACCUGAAGAUGUUGAUUCAGAAAUAGAAUCAACUGAAGAUGAAUCUAUCGAUGAAUCACCACAAAAAAAAGGAGUUAAAAUGUUUGAGGGUUUACAAGAUAGUGGUGACAAAUCAGAAGACGAUUCUGAUGUUGCUGAAAGAAAUGCAGAUGAGGAAGAUGAUGAGGAUGAUGAUGAGGAUGAUGAUGAUGAUGAUGAGGAUGACGAUGAUGAUGAGGACGAUGACGAAAAAAAUGAGGAAGAUGAAAGUGGUGACGAAAGUUCAGGUAAUUUGAAGGCUCUUCUGACUGAAAGUAUGAAUGAUGAGGAUGAUGAAGAGGAUGAUGAUUUUGACCUGGGUGGUGAGAGCGAAGAUGACUCUCAUGUUGAGUUACUCAAAAAAGGUGCAAGAAAUGAAGAUGAAGACGAUGAUGAGGAUGAGGAUGAUGAUGAGGAUGAUGAUGAUGAUGAGGAUGACGAUGAUGAUGAGGAUGAUGAUGAUGAAGAUGAUGAAAAAUCUCCAGGGUUAAAAGCUCUCCUUGGUGAUAGUUUAGCUGAUGAAGAAGAUGAUAGUGAUUUUAAUGAUGAAGGCCAAGAUGAGUCUGAUGAAGAUAUAAGUGACGAAAGUGAAGAAGAUGAAAAAUCUACUCCUAAAAAAAGAAAGGCUCAAGAAAAAUCCACUCCUCAAAAGAAAAAGAAGACACAAGAAGAAAGUCCAAAACCUCAACACUUAUCACCCAACGAACAGGUUAAACUGGAUGCUCGAACCAUCUUUGUAGGAAAUAUACCCAAAGAUACAACAACCAAAGCUAUAAAACAGUUUUUUAGAUCUUGUGGAGAAAUAGAAAAUAUACGUGUCAGAGGAGUAGUCUCAGAAGACAGUAGGGUUUCACCUAAAGUUGCAACCAUCACAAAAAAAAUGCAUCCGAAGGUGCCAACAGUUUAUUUUUAUAUAGCUUUCAAGGAUGAAGCUUCUGCUAUAAAAGCACUUGAAUUUAAUGGCAAGAAAUUUGGUAAUAACACAUUGAGAGUUGAUUUAUCAAAUAAAGGCAAAGAACAUGAUCAGAAAAAAGCAGUAUUCCUAGGAAAUUUGCCUUUUGAUAUUACUGAAGAUGAAAUACAUGCUCAUUUUACAUCUUGUGGUAAAAUUGAUUCAGUUCGUCUUGUUAAACAUCGUGUGACAGGUUUGAGCAGAGGCAUUGGCUAUAUUAAUUUUGUUGAACCAAACUCUGUUGCGUUGGCCUUAGAAUUAAAUGAUACCAAGUUGAAAAAUCGUCAAAUACGAGUAAGCCAAUCUAGCCCUGAUAAGAAAAAUAGAAAACGAAAACAGGGUAAAAAGCAAGAUAAUGAGCAGUUUGGACGAAAAAAAUUUAAAACUACUAAAGGAGAAGCUGUAGAUACAGAUGGUGCUGGACCAAGUGACAAGAAAAAGAGAUCACAAGGGGAAAAGAAAAGAGAAAAAUCAAGCGGUAGUGAAAGUUCUUCCCCAGCCAAAUCGCCAUUCCAAGGACAACAAGCAAAUGAAAAAAAGAAAUCUAAAAAAAAUAAAUUAGAUAAGAAGAAAAAAAUAAUGUCAGAAAAACUAAUGUCCACAAAAAAAACAAAAUCAUCUGAUUAAGGCAAUUUAGAGUUUAGAUAUUUAAGUUUUUAUUUUGACUCGAAUUUUUGUAAUAUCUGUCUAUUGAAGCAUGAAUGUGUGCACAGUCUAACGUGGAAAUAAUUCAAAUUAAAAAAAAAUGUCAUGAAAAAUCUAAAAAAUGAUUGUAUUUAGUAUACUGGAUGUACAAAAUGAAAUGCGUUUUAUAAAUUAAAUCUUAAAUGAAUUUAUUGAUUUUUUU